CAACCGCACCACUUUCCAACCAACGGCUUGAGCCACCUACUCCUUCCUCCGUUCGCCGCCCACUCCCUUCCCCUUACAAAAAGUCUCCCCCUAUCAUUAGCCAGUUCGCCUCUGAUAUCGUUCCCUGCUUUUGUGUAGCUCACCCGCAACGGUCUCAAUCACGUGGAGCUGUAACCGCUCACUCCAACCGAUUAUCAUAGCAGCGUGUAGGCUCGUCGCAAUAGCGUCUCCCCUCGCCUUUCGCUCGCAGCAGCCAUGCCGAAGCCGUGCGAAGCGUGUCAGUCCAGCACAGCUUUAAUCUUCUGUAGAGCCGACUCCGCCUACCUCUGCCUGGCGUGUGACAGCAAGGUGCAUGGCGCCAACAAGCUCGCCUCUCGCCACGAGCGCGUGUGGGUCUGCGAAGUCUGCGAAAUGUCGCCGGCCGCGGUGACCUGCAAGGCCGACGCUGCGGCUCUCUGUGCGACGUGCGACGCCGAUAUUCACGAGGCGAACCCCCUCGCGAGUCGCCACGAGCGCGUGCCAGUGGUCCCCUUCUACGAGUGCCCCUCGUCGCUUCCCAGCUGUAAAGCCGCCCGUGUCCAGUCCGCCGCGUUCCACGGCGCAAAUGGCGCUGGGGAUUUCGUCGACGGCGACAAGCUCGGGUUCGAGUCGCCGGAAACGCAGGAGAAGGCGUUUUUGUCGAGACAGCAAAGCAACCAGUCGCAAGUUACGGCGGCGAACGCGGAGAGUUUGAGGAACGGGGCGGAGGAGGAAGAUGAGGAAGAGGAAGAGGAGGCGGGUGGUAGAAACGGCAACUGGCUUUACCCCCCGCGCGCGCACCUCUAUCCACACCACUCCGCCGCUGCUGCUGCCGCACCGCGGAUGCCGCACAUGCCGCCGCAUAUGUCGCCGUAUAUGGCGCCGUACAUGGCGCCGCAUAUGGCGAUGGCCGGCUCCAUUCCCCCGCGACCAAUGGUACCAUCGCCUUACUUCCCCUACGCGCACUACCUGCCGCACAUGCCGCCGCAGAUGCAGCCGCAGAUGCCCAUGCACAUUCCACUGCACAUGUCGCCGCACGUCCCGCCGCCUUAUCCGGCCUCGCCGCAAGUUCCCGCCACGCUUCCGCUAUUGGACCGUUCGGCACGCGUCGCACAGCCCGCCGCUCCUAAGUUCCCAAAGAUGGAGUCCGCUGAUGUGGCAGAUCUCCUGUUUGACGUCGAUCCGUUCCUCGACCUCGAGCAGUACGGCGGCGGCGACCGCAGCGCAACGCCCGUCGACGCGAAACUCGCCUCGGCGGCCAUGGCGGCGGGUAAGAAAGCGGCGAAAGAGAGCAUGGCUGUGCCCGUGCAAUCGCAAGACGAGGGCGCGUCGGCCGUGGUCGGUCGGCGCGAGUGCUCCCCUUCCCUCAACUCCUCGCCCACCCUCUCCGUCUCCUCUCGUGCCGACACGCACCUCGUUCCCAGCGGCAGGCACGCCGCCGACUCCGCCGCAACCGCCGCCGCGUUUGACGGCACCGCCACGUCAUCCCGCGCGGCGCAUCCCGCUUCGGAAAGCCCAGUCGCGCUGCCCUCCGCCUCCUCCCUCCCCUCCGCGUCGUCCUUCCCCCCGUCGUCGUUCGCUAGCCCCGGCCCGCUGCACCCCUUGGCGCGCGAGGCGCGCGUGCUGCGCUACCGGGAGAAGCGCAAGGCGCGGCGGUUCGAGAAGACGAUCCGGUACGCGUCGCGCAAGGCGUACGCGGAGAGCCGCCCGCGCGUUAAGGGGCGGUUCGCUAAGCGCACAGAAAUGCAAGCCGAGGGCGCUGGGUCGGCCGCCUUAAAUGCAGCAGAAAGCGCGGCAGCGAUGCAUGCAGUGGAUGCGUGUGGAAGCAGCUUCGAGGAGAUGGAAGGGGAGGAGUUCAAGAUGGAGGACGGGGUGGCCUGCGACCUCGACUUCGCCCUCGCUGACAUCCCCUUCUCCAUGAUCCCCGCGUUCCUCUGAAGCGGCGGCCGACAUUCCCCCACUAACUCACGCUGUGCCACCCUCUGUAGCUGCUACCGAGAUUCCCGCGAAUCAUGGAAGGGAGGAGUUGCGGAGGGCGGAGAGGGGGUUUCCUGCAAUCUGGACUCGGCACUCGCUGGCUGACGGCCCCGGCACCACGGUCUCCGUGCUCCUUUCAAGCAGAUCCAGCGAUUCCCGCGUUUCGAGGUGACUUUUGAGUCAACUCAAAAGGGGAUGGUGGCGAAAAGUUUCCUCAAAAGUUUCCUCUGAAGCAGAUCCAGCGAUUCCCGCGUUUCAUAAGGGGAGAAAGGAGAAGGGGUAGCCUGAGAUCUGUACUGGGCACCUGCUGACGCCCCCUGCCUUAUGGUCCAUGAACCAAGCCGCACAAUGGCCCAGCAUGCCAUCACCAUCACCUACCCUUCCCUUGGCCUUCCACCUAAACAGCCAUGGCGUUUUUCUUCUCCCUCUGCCACUUUCUGAGCUGCCAGGCCUUAGGCUCAAGGUAGCCUGCCAGGAAUGUGCGUGCCUCACUCGAGAGCUGCACUGCACUAACCUUGGAACUUAUUUUUCCCCACCCUUAAGCUUCCUUCUAUGCUUUAGGUAGGAGUGGGGCUAGCAUGUGUUGGUCUCAGGAGCCUUGGCCAAAGGGCUCUAGGCGCUGUUAAUAAUCAACUGCACUGUACACUUGUUUCAACUACUUAAUUUCUUACUAG